AUGAGUGACAUCAACAAGAGCCUAUCAUCAAACUCUAAAUCAAAAUCAACUCAUUUGUUUGUGUUAAUCCAUGGUCUCUGGGGUACGUCGUCUCAUAUGGCGACAAUAGAAAAAUUCAUAAAAGAAAAUUUACCCAGUUCAACUGACGAUAAAAUUGCAACCAUUAAACCUGCGUGUUUUAGAUUUUGGAAAACUUAUGAUGGACUAGAAUUAAAUGCAAAAAAGAUUAUAGCUGAUAUUUUCUAUGAAAUCGAAUCAUUGAAACAAAAUAACGAUCUUGAAGUUACGAAAAUAAGUAUCAUCGGCUAUUCACUUGGUGGAUUAAUUUCUAGAUAUGUGAUUGGUUUACUAAAUGAAUUAGAUUUCUUUGAAAAGAUUGAACCAAUAUUUUUCAGUACAUUUGCCACACCACACGUGGGAAUCCAAUUUUUUAAUGACAAUAUCUUUGAUGCAGUUGCCAAUAGACUAGGACCAUAUUUAUUCGGGAAGUCAGGGGGACAAUUGUUUAUCGCAGACCACGACAAGAUAUUAGUUAAAAUGGCAGAUCCACAAGAAAAGUAUAUGCGAGGAUUAAAGAAAUUUCAAAAGCACAUUCUUUUAGCAAAUAUCAAAAAUGAUAGAACCGUGGCGUUUUUCACUUCCUUCAUAACAGAUGUGUCCCCAUUUGAGGAAUUGGAUAACAUAAAAAUUGUUUACUUGGAUAAUCUACCCCAAGCGAAGAUUGCUAAUAAACUAGUUCGUCCCAAGUUUGUCGAUUUAACCAAAUCUCAUCGUUUAUCUUUAAAGGAUAAAAAAAUAUUUCUUGGGAAUCAACAGGAGGAGACACCAUUUAUUAGAAAGAAUCGAUGGGCCAAGAUUUUAGUUAUUGCUUUAUUGGCUUGUUUGGUUGUUCCCUUUUGGGUGCCAUUUGUUCUUAUUAGUUCCACCACUGUCUCGAUCUAUAGUUUUAUUAAAAUCAAGUUUGUCAAAGGACCUUUAAGUCCUCAACACUGGCUGAGAGUGAAAAAGUUUGUUUACGGCAACGCACCUAUAGAUCCUGAUGAUGCUAAAGUGGGCAAUGUUCAGCGUUUGAAACGUCGCACAUUGGACAGACACGAGUCAUUUAAAGGAGAUACUUCUUAUUUGACAGAGGAUACCAUGGACCGUGUCUUAUAUGCCGAAGAAAGGUAUUUGAAUAAAAGUAGAAAAGCCGGGUCUAUUAAAAAUGAGGAUGAUGAAGAUGCUUUGGUAGCUGAAAAUACUGAUUAUAACACUGAUUCUGAUGGUGUCGAUGAGAGUUCGGAGGCUGAUACGUUAAAAUCAAACUUUAAAUCAAUUGAAAUGGAUAUUGAACAAAAUGAUAAAGUCAUUUCGGAAAGCAUAGAAACGUUAAAAAGCUACGAGUCUUUCCCAUUAUUCCAAGAUCACAAGUACAAAUUACCUUUAAAUGAAGAUAAACUGUUCAUUGUAAAGAACUUGAAUACAUUGGAUUGGAUUAAAAUACCUGUAUUUUUGGAUGUUUGGAAUGCUCACGACGGAAUUGUAAGUAGAAGAGGAGCAAAGACCAACCCUAAGGGGGCAUCAACAAUUGGAUUGUGGGUGUCGAUUCUUCGAAAUCAUUUGCAAGAGAAUGGUCGUGCCGAUGCCUCGGUCAACGGGAAUCAAGAAUCAACCAUUGCUCAUACUUCCUAG